AUGUUUCAAAAAACGAAGCGAACAGCAGCGACUACUGAUAAUAAAGUACAACGACUGAAGAUUUCUGGUUUAACAGAAGCUGUAGCUUCAUCUGCUCAACAGCGUAUCUACAUACAUGAAAAUCUUUAUUUUAGUGGCCCGGAUUUGUCUAUCUUCAAUAGUCUGGUUCCACUGCAGAUCAAACGGGGUUCAGUGUUAAUAGAACACAUUCGGUUAUCUUUAGUUUCAGUAAUUCAGCAGCAUACAAUUUUUCGUACUUCCAUUCGUUUCAAUUCAAUACGUAAUCAAAUCGAGCAAUAUAUCCAACCGCUCACGGACGAUAUAUAUUCAUUUGAACAUUCACGAGAUGUUUCCACAUUAGAAAAGCUUGAUCGUCUAUUGACGAACGAAUCGAUUAGAAAACAUUUCGAUGUUGAAAACGGAAAAGUUUUACGAUGCCAUGUAGUGCAACGAUCUGCUGAGGAUCGUAAUGAUUCACUACACGAAGGUGAUCUUAUUAUUUUUGUAAUUCACCAUAUCGCAUUUGAUCUCACAUCAUACAAACCAUUUCUAAAAGCUUUUGAAAGAGCAUGUUGGGCAAAUGAAUAUCAACAAUCAGUGUUAAAAAUUCCACAAUACAUUGACUUUGCAUUGUACGAACAGGCAUUGCUAGCCGACUUAAAUGCACAGUCAAAAAUGAACAAGUCUCGUCAGUUCUGGGCUAAUCUUAUGCAUGGAUACGACUGGGAUAAAAUACAACAUUUGGUGCCCGACGAAGGUCAAACUGAUCGACAUCGUUCUGGCCGUGGUUAUUCAUCUGCAUUUAUUAUCGAUCAAGAUGUUGUCGAUUCAAUGAUGUUGUUUGCUUCAACCAACGAUGUAACAAUGUUUUCACUGUCUCUUGCCUGUUAUUAUGCAUUCUUAUUUAAACUAACUAAUCAUGAUGAUGACUUGUGUAUAGUAAGCACUGCAGCUAAUCGUCUUGAGAAAGAGAUACAAGAUAUGAUUGCACCAGCUUCCUAUGCACAAGCUCGUAUUUGGCUCGAUGAACGAAUUCGUUUCGAUCCAGACAAACCUCAAAUAGCAAUCUAUAAUAUGCCAUUUCAAUAUCGUCCCGUUCCAGAACAUACUUUAUCAAUAAAACGAUUACUUCAUGCUCUCCAACUAAUUGUCCUAAAACAUCAAUCACUGCAUACAUCGCUUGCCUUUGACACAGAAAAGAACCAAGUCAUGCAACGAAUCAUUGAUUUGAACACUAAUCAUAGGCACAUGCUUUCAGUUAUCGAAAGUAUUUAUGAAACAGAUGAGCAACUCACUAAGAUUAUGCAUGAUGAAAAAUGUGAUCCUCAACUUUUUAAUCUUGCUCAAGGUCAGGUUUUUCGAUGCCAUAUCGUUUAUUACAAACAAUUCUCUUCAAAUCAUCUUCUUUCUCACAAAGAUCUACUUAUCUUCAACUUUCAUCAUGCUCUAUUUGACUUUCCAUCAAUGACUAUCUUUCUUCGUGAUCUCAAUCAAGCAUACACAACAGGCCAAUUAUUAUAUGAUGACAACGCUAAUCUACGUUAUAUCGAUUAUGCUGUUAUUGAACAACAAAUGUCAAUGACUGGUGCAAGUAUGUUUUGGCGUGAUGCUCUUCAUAAUUGUAAACUUGAUCAGGCUUUAUCAUUACCAUUUGAUCGAUAUCGUCUUGCAAACGAACAUCGAACUGGUUGUGGAUCAUCUAUUUCAUUUGAUUUUGGUCAAGAUCUCUCACAUCACUUUCUUAUUCAAGCAUCAUCAAACAAUAUAACACUGGAAUAUCUUGCACUUGCUAGUUAUUAUGUCUUUUUAUUCAAAUUAACCAAUGGAGAAAAUGAUUUAUGCAUUGGCAUAAAUACACAUGGUCGAUAUAGAGAUGAACUUAACUCUAUCAUUGGAAUGUUUGUGAAUGCUAUACCUUUACGAUGUCAACUCGAUCCUCAUUUACCAUUUCAUGAAAUCACUAAACACGUUCAAGAAAACAUGAUAAAUUGUAUGAAAUAUUCUUAUUUUCCUCUUCAACGUAUUCUCAAUCAGCAUCCAAAUAUAUCAAAUCCUGUAUUUCUUGAUACAUCAUUUGACUUUAUAGCAUCUAUGAGAAGAGAUGAGGAAGAUGAAAUGGUGAUUAGUGAUAGUCGAUUUUCUAUACUGCCUCAUUCAAUUAAGAUUAAUGAAGAUGAAGUAAUGAGUAAAUUUGAUUUCAUUCUUAGUUUUAAACAUGAUCUGAAUCUAAAUGAAUUCUCAUGCACAAUCAAUGCAUCACUUGAUUUAUUUAAUGUUGAAACAGUUUGUAUAAUUGCACAAAGAUUACAGACAAUGUUACAUCGACAAUUCACAUCUUUCGACUGUGAAGCAACCAAACCAAUCUAUGAAUUAUCAUUAAUAUUAUCAAAUGAACAAUAUCUAAUGCAAUCAAUGAAUAAUACACAAGUAUCAUUUCCAUCGCCGCUUACUUGCAUUCAUCAUGAGUUUGUAUAUCAAGUAAUGAAACAUCCACAAAAACUAGCUGUUGAACUAGAUGAACAAUCAUUGACAUAUUGUGAACUUCUAUAUUAUGUUCAAGUCUUAGCUUUCACUCUUCUUAAUCAAUAUCAUGUCCAUCCAGGCGAGGUAAUUGGUAUCAUGGCAAUUGAAAUGGCUGGUGGUGUUUAUUGUCCAUUAUCACCUCGAGAUCCACAACAUCGUUUGCAUGCACUCAUGCAACAAACACAAAGUCGUCUUGUGCUUGUUCAUUAUCAAACUAAGACCAAAUUCCACGAUGAUAUCAUUUCACUCGAUAUUGAUUCAGUUUUAAAUGUUAAUAAUAUGAAUAAUGACAUGAGUUAUAAUUGCCUUUCAAGUGUAAAAGUGAAAGACGAAGAGGUAGCUUACAUUAUUUUCACUAGUGGUUCAACUGGAACACCUAAAGCGGUUCAAGUUCGACAUAAGAACUUUAUCGAUUGCAUCAAUUCUUUGGUUUACAUUAACUCAUUGAAUAAAGAUGAUACAGUUGUACAAAUGACACGAUGCUCAUUUGAUAUUCAUGUUCAAGAGAUACUUGGUACAUUGUUGGUUGGAGGCACAUUGAUUAUGCUUCGUCCAGGUGGAACUAUUGAUUUCGAUUAUCUAUCUAAAGUGUUACAGAACAAACAAAUCACAUAUCUACAUACUGUUCCAACAAACUGUAUUGUAUGGAAUUUGUAUGGUCCAGCAGAAGCAACCAUAGAUUCUACAAUUCAUUGUGUGUAUGUUACAAAUGAUAUAGAGAGUAUUCCAAUAGGUAGACCGCUUUCUAAUUACCGAUCCAUGCUUAUGAAUCACUAUUUACAAUCAUCUGCUACCGACGAAGAAGGUGAACUGUGUGUAGGAGGAGUAGGUGUAUUUGCGGGUUAUCUUGGACGUGAUGAUUUAACUGCAAAAGCUCUUAUCGAAAUAGAUGGUCAACUAUUUUAUCGAACAGGUGAUCUGGUUAGAAUAGAUAACAAUGGUCUUCUUCAUUAUCAAGGAAGAAAAGAUCAUCAAAUCAAACUACACGGUCAACGAAUUGAACUUGGUGAAAUCGAACGAUGUUUACUCAACAUUACAUCUAUUUCUGCUUGUGUUGUCAUGAAAUGGAAUGAUGAUUAUUUAGUUGCUUAUGUUCAAUCUUCUCAUAUCAAUGAAGAAGAACUACGUCAACAUUGUCAAUCUCAUCUUCCACCACAUAUGAUACCAUCCAUAUUCAUUAUACUAGAUAAAUUACCUCUGAAUCCAAAUGGAAAAAUAGAUCGAAAACAACUUCCGCCACCUCACUUCUCAUCAACACAUCUUACAAACAAUAUAGAACUAUUACACCCAACAAAUGAUAUUGAAAUUAGUAUUCAUCGUAUUUGGUGUGAGAUAUUCAAACAAAGUCAAAUCUCAACUGAUACAAAUAUCUUCACUAUUGGUGGUCAUUCAUUAAUUAUAAUCCAACUUUUUCAUCGAUACAAGAUCGAGUUUCAAUUAGAAACAAACACUCUUUCUAUUUCGAAUCUAUUUCAACAUUCAACAAUUAUUCAUCAUGCUCAACUCAUUCAACAAUCUAUCAAUAUUAUCCACACUCUGGACGAUUAUCCUUGGUCUUCAUUACAUAUCGCUGUAGCUAGAGCAUCAUUUGCACAAGAACGAAUCUAUUUAGAUGAACAAAUUCGUUUUUCAUCCAACAAAACAACCGUGAAUAAUAUGUAUGUUAUUCCAUUACUUUAUCGUAUAUCAUCUAUGAACGAUCAUGUAUUAAUUACUCGAUUAUAUCAUGCAUUCCAAACUAUUAUCACAAAGCAUAACAUUCUUCGAACAGCACUUUAUAUUGAUGAUACAAAUAGUAAUAUUAUACAACAGUGUUUAGAUGCAAAUAUCAUUCUUGAUGGUGAUAUGAAAUCAAAUAGAUUGGUUAUUAUUAAUCUUCGUAACAAUGAUCGUUCUCAUAUGAAUGAAACUAUAGAAGAGAUAUUAAAUCAAGCUGAUUUAUUUGAUUUAUCAAAAGGACGUGUUAUUCGUUGUCAUAUUCUUCGUCAUUAUCAUCAAUCUCAAGAUAGUAUCUCAAAUGAGAACGAUGAUCUAUUGACUGAAAAUGAUCAUAUAUUGAUUAGUAUCCAUCAUGCAAUGUUUGAUGGAGCAUCAACAUCAAUCUUUCUUCAUGAUCUUUCUCUUGCUUAUGAAUCUGAUGAUUCACAAGUUCGAUCAUCAAUGGAUGAAAACACAUUGAAGUAUAUAGAUUAUUCUGUUCAAGAACACAUCAUGGAUAUGUCAUUAUCUCGUGAAUUCUGGCAUUCUCAACUUGAAGGAUAUAAUCCUGCACGCCAAUUAUCACUACCUGUUGAUCGACAACGUUCAUCAACUAAUCACCAGCGAUCAGGUUUAGCAUCCAUAGCUGAAAUCACUUUCGAUAGUGAAAUAUGCACAUCAUUUUUAAAUUAUGCAUCAUCACAUCAUCUCACACCUUUUCAACUUGGAUUAUCUAUAUUUUAUGUCUUCCUAUUCAAAUUAUCUCAUGGUGAGACUGAUUUAUGUAUUUCUUCUAUUAAUGCUAAUCGAUAUCGAAAUGAAUUACAAAAUAUGAUUGGAAUGUUUGUUUCAACGUUACCAUAUCGUGCUGAGCUUGAUCCCCAUUGGUCAUUUAAUGAAGUAGUUAAACAUGUUCGAGAAAAGUGUUUAUCAAUUCUUGAACAUUCUCAUUAUCCACUUCAACAUAUUCUUGGUGAUAAUCAAUUAACUCAAUCGAAUGUAUCAUUUCUUGAGAUAAUGUUUGAUUUUAUUACUGUGUCAAAAGAUAUGGAAUAUUUAUGUUUGAAUGAUACAAAUUUGAAACAAAUAUCAUUAGAGCAAUCACUUGAAAUGUCAAAAUUUGAUUUCUCAGUAACAUUUGAAUACAAUUCAUUAUCAGAUAAUAAGAGAUUAUCAUGUAGUUUUGUUUGUUCACGUGAUCUGUUUGAAAAAUCAACAAUUUCACAAAUAGCUCAAAGAUUUGAAUACAUGUUUGAGCAAUUGUUUCAAACACAAAUGAACACUACUGCUAUAAUCGAUCCUAGUCUAUCGAUUGACAAACUUUCUCUUAUUCUUUCUGAGGAAGCUGAAGAAAUGGAAUUAGUUGUGUUUCAUCGAUUGGAGAAUAUUGUGAAUGAAGCACCAGCAUCAUUUGCACAAGCUCGUAUUUGGCUUGAUGAACGAAUUCGAUUCGAUCCAGAGAAGCCACAGGUAGCAAUCUAUAACAUGCCAUUUAUUUAUCGUAUGCAAUCAAGUCAUACUUUAUCCGUUAAACAACUUCAUCAAGCUCUACAGAUCACUGUUGACAAACACCUCUCACUCCAUACGUCACUUACUUUUGAUGCAGAAAUGAAUAUGCUCAUGCAACGGGUUAUUACACGAAAAGAAAAUCACACUGAUAUGUUUUCAAUCAUUGAAUCUACUUAUGAAACAGAUGAACAACUUAAUAACAUUUUACACGAUGAGAAACGUAAUCCUCAACUGUUUAACCUUGCGCAAGGUCUUGUCUUUCGAUGUCAUAUUAUUUAUUAUCAACAAGUCUCUUCAAAUGACCUACUUUCUGACAAAGAUGUAAUCAUUUUCAAUUUUCAUUAUGCUUUGUUUGAUUUUCCAUCAAUGCAAGUAUUUCAUCAUGAUCUUAAUCAAGCGUAUACAACAGAUCAAUUAUUAUAUGAUGACAACACUAGUCUUCGUUAUCUCGACUAUGCUGUUAUUGAACAACAAAUGUCAAUGACUGGUGCAAGUAUGUUUUGGCUUGAUGCUCUUCAUAAUUGUAAACUCGAUCAGGCUUUAUCGUUACCAUAUGAUCGAUAUCGUCUCUCAAAUGAACAUCGAACUGAUCGUGGAACAUCUAUCUCCUUUCAUUUUGGUCAAGAUCUCUCACAUUACUUUCUUACGCUCGCAUCAUCAAACAACAUAUCACUCGAACAUCUCACAUUUGCUAUUUAUUUCAUUUUUCUAUUUAAAAUAACUAAUGGACAAAUGGAUUUAUGCAUUGGAAUAAAUACACAUGGUCGAUAUAGAAAUGAAUUUAACUCUAUCAUUGGAUUGUUUGAAAAUGUCAUUCCAUUACGAUGUCAACUAGAUCCACAUUGGUGUUUUCAUCAAUUACUCAAACAUGUUCAAGAGAUAACAACGAAGAGUAUGAAAUAUUCAUAUUUUCCACUUCAACGUAUUCUCAAUCAGCAUCCAGAUAUUUCAAAACAUGCAUUUCUCGAUACAUCUCUCGAAUUUCUAUUAUACAAGAAUAAUAAUGCAGUGAUGAUUGGUGAUUCUCAGCUUGUUCCAACAUCUUUCUCAUCCAACGAUAAUGAAGAUGAGAUAUUAACUAUAUCCGACUUCUCUCUUUCUAUUUAUCAUGAUAUGAACAUGAAUCAACUGUCAUGCACAGUCAAUGCAUCACUGGACUUGUUUAAUACAGACACAGUCGAGAACAUUUCACAACGAUUUUAUUCCAUGUCACAUCAAUUAUCUACAUCUAUUAUUGACAAUCAAAUAAACAAACCAAUCUAUGAGUUAUCAUUAACAUUAUCAAAUGAACAAUAUCUAGUGCAAUCAUUGAAUAACACACAAAUAUCGUUUUUAUCUCCUCUCACUUGUAUUCAUCAUGAGUUUGUAUAUCAAGUAAUGAAACAUCCACAAAAACUAGCUGUUGAACUGGAUGAACAAUCAUUGACAUAUUGUGAACUUCUAUAUUAUGUUCAAGUAUUAUCUUUAACUCUUCUUAAUGAAUAUCUUAUCACUCCAGGUGAGAUCGUGUGUCAAUGUGUUGAGCGAAGUUUGUCAAUGGUGAUUGGCAUAAUGGGAAUUGAAAUGGCUGGUGGUGUUUAUUGUCCAUUAUCUCCGCGAGAUCCUCAACAUCGUUUGCAUGCACUCACAAAACAAACACAAAGUCGUCUUGUUCUUGUUCAUCAUGUAACUAAGAGCAACUUUUCUCAUGAUGUUGGGGUACUUGAUAUUGAUUCAAUAUUAAUUAUUAAUGAACUGAAUAAAGAUAUGGAUUAUAAUUACCUUUCAAGUGUGACAGUGAAAAGCGAAGAGAUAGCGUACACUAUUUUCACUAGUGGUUCAACUGGAACACCUAAAGCAGUUCAAGUUCGACACAAGAACUUUACUGAUUGUAUGCAUUCUUUGGCUUAUAUAGACUCAUUUAAUAGAGAUGAUACAGUUGUGCAAAUGACACGAUGUUCAUUUGAUGUUCACGUUCAAGAAAUACUUGGUACAUUGUUGGUUGGAGGUUCUUUGAUUAUGCUUCAUCCAGGUGGAACAAUUGAUUUCAAUUAUUUAUCUGGAGUCUUACAGAACAAAAAAAUUACAUAUCUACAUGCUGUACCAAGUCUAUUACACAGUUUUUUCGUUUUUAUUGAGCAGAACAAGAUCAUAAAUGCCGUCGAACAUCUUCGAUCACUUUGCAGCGGUGGUGAAUCCUUCUCUGUCCAUCUCAUCGACUUGAUUGCGAAAAUCGGUAUUAGAAACUGUAUUGUAUGGAAUACGUAUGGUCCAGCUGAAGCAACCAUAGAUUGUGCAGUUCAUCGUGUGAACGUUAUAAAUAAUAUAGAAAGCAUUCCAAUUGGUAGAUCCCUUUCUAAUUACCGCUGUAUGAUUAUAAACGAAUAUUUGCAACUAUCAGCCAUCAAUCAAGAAGGUGAACUAUUUGUAGGUGGAGUAGGUGUGUUUGCGGGUUAUCUUGGUCGUGAUGAUUUAACUGCAAAAGCUCUUGUUGAAAUAGAUGGUCAACUAUUUUAUCAAACAGGUGAUCUUGUUACAAUGGAUAACAAUGGUCUUCUUCAUUAUCAUGGAAGAAAAGAUCAUCAAAUCAAACUACAUGGACAACGAAUCGAACUUGGUGAAAUCGAACGAUGUUUACUUAGCAUUACAUCCAUUUCUGCUUGUGUUGUUAUAAAAUGGAAUGAUGAUUAUUUAGUUGCUUAUGUUCAGAAUUACGAUGCUAGUGAACAGGAAUUGCGUGAACAUUGUCAAUCUCAUCUUCCACCACAUAUGAUUCCAUCAAUAUUCAUUAUACUUGAUAAACUACCUCUGAAUGCAAAUGGAAAAGUAGAUCGAAAACUUCUUCCUUCACCUCACUUCUCAUCUAUACAGCUCACAAACAGUACAGAACUAAUACUACCAGCAAAUGAUAUUGAAGUUAGAAUUCAUCAUAUUUGGUGUGACAUAUUCAAACAAAAUCAGAUCUCAAUUGAUACAAAUAUAUUCACUAUCGGUGGUCAUUCAUUACUUAUGAUGCAACUUUUUCAUCGAUAUAAGAUCGAAUUUCAUUUAGAAACAAGCACUCUUUCUAUUUCGAAUCUAUUUCAACAUCCAACAAUUAUUCAUCAUGCUCAAUUCAUUCAACAAUCUAACAAUACCAUCCACACUCUGGAUGAUUAUCCUUGGUCCUCAUUACAUAUCGUUCUAGCUAGAGCAUCGUUUGCACAAGAACGAAUCUAUUUAGAUGAACAAAUUCGUUUUUCAUCCAACAAAACAAUUAUGAAGAAUAUGUAUGUUAUUCCAUUACUUUAUCGAAUAUCAUCUAUGAAUGGUCAUAUAUCUAUUUCACGAUUACAACAUGCGUUCCAAUCUAUCAUAAAAAAACAUAAAAUUCUGCGAACAGCACUUCAUCUUGAUGAUAGAAAUGGUAAUAUUAUACAACACUGCUUAGAUGCAAAUAUCAUUCUCAACGACGAUGUGAAAUCAUAUGGAUUGACAAUUGUCAAUCUUCAUAAUGAUGAUCGUCGUCAUAUGAAUGAAGUUAUUGAAGAAAUAUUAAAUCAAGCUAAUUUAUUUGAUUUAUCAAAAGGACAUGUUAUUCGUUGUCAUAUUCUUCGUCAUUGUCAUCAAUCUCAAGAUGUUAUUUCAAGUGAGAAUGAUGAUCUAUUGACUGAAAAUGAUCAUAUAUUGAUUAGUAUUCAUCAUGCAAUGUUUGAUGGAGCAUCAGUAUCAAUCUUCACUCGUGAUCUUUCUCUUGCUUAUCAAUCUGAUGACUCAUUAUUUAUGGAUGCUAACUCAUUACAAUAUAUUGACUAUUCUACUCAGGAACACAUAAUGGAUAUGACAUUAUCUCGUGAGUUCUGGCAUUCUCAACUUGAAAGAUACAAUAUCGAAUGCUCACUAUCAUUACCAGUUGAUCGACAACGUUCAUCAAGUAGUCAACAACGAUCAGGUUUAGCAUCCACAGCUGAAAUCACUUUCGAUAAUGAACUAUGCACAUCAUUUCUAAAUUAUGCAUCCUCACAUCAUCUCACACUUUUUCAACUUGGAUUAUCCAUAUUUUAUGUCUUCCUAUUCAAAUUAGCUCAUGGUGAGAGCGAUUUAUGUAUUUCUUCUAUCAAUGCUAAUCGAUAUCGAAGUGAAUUGGUGAAUAUGAUAGGAAUGUUUGUUUCAACAUUACCAUAUCGUGCUGAGCUUGAUCCUCAUUGGUCAUUUGAUAAAGCAGUCAAAUAUGUACAAGAAAAAUGUUUAUCAAUUCUUGAACAUUCUCAUUAUCCACUUCAAUAUAUUCUUGCUGAUUUACAUGUCACUAAAUCAAAUAUAUCAUUUCUUGAAACAAUGUUUGAUUUCAUCACUCUAUCAGAAGAUGUUAGUGGGUUAUGUUUGAAUGGUGUUAAUCUAGAACAAGUGUCGUUAAAUGACUCAUAUGAAAUAGCUAAAUUUGACUUCUCAUUGACAUUUGUACACAAUCCAUCAUCAGAUGGUAAUCAACUGUCUUGUUGUUUUGUUUGUACAAGUGAUAUAUUUGAUGCAACAACAGCUGCCGUGAUUGGUAUUAUGGGAAUUGAAAUGACUGGCGGUGUUUAUUGUCCAUUAUCACCUCGAGAUCCACAAUACCGUUUGUAUGCACUCACACAACGAGCACAAAGUCGUCUGGUUCUUGUUCAUCAUUUAACGAAGACCAAAUUCAAAGAUGAUAUUGUUUCACUUGAUAUUGAUUCAAUAUUAAAUAUUAAUAAUAUAGAUAAUGACAUGAGUUAUAAUUGCAUUUCAAGUGUAAAAGUGAGAGGCGAAGAGAUAGCUUACAUUAUUUUCACAAGUGGUUCAACUGGAACACCCAAAGCGGUUCAAGUUCGACAUAAGAACUUCAUUGAUUGUAUGCAUUCUUUGGUUUAUAUUAACUCAUUUAAUGAAGAUGAUACAGUUGUACAAAUGACACGAUGUUCAUUUGACAUUCAUGUUCAAGAAAUACUUGGUACAUUGUUAGUUGGAGGCACUUUGAUUAUGCUUCAUCCAAAUGGAACGAUUGAUUUUGAUUAUUUAUCUAAAGUCUUAGAGAAUAAACAAAUCACAUAUCUACAUACUGUCCCAAGUUUAUUACAUAGUUUUCUUACCUCUGUCGAGCAAAAUAACAAUCCGAGUGUCUUGAAACAUCUUCGAUCACUUUGCAGCAGUGGUGAACCUUUUUCUGUUCCUUUAAUUGAUUUGAUUGUCAAAAUCGGUAUAACAAACUGUGUUGUGUGGAAUUUGUAUGGUCCAGCUGAAACAACCAUAGAUUGUACAUUUCAUCGUGUAAAUGUCACAAAUAGUAAAGAAAGCAUUCCAAUUGGUAUACCACUUUCGAAUUACCGAUGUAUGAUUAUCAAUCAAUAUCUGCAAUCAUCUGUUACUUAUCAAGAAGGUGAACUGUUUGUGGGAGGAGUGGGUGUAUUUGUUGGUUAUCUUGGACGUGAUGAUUUAACUGCAAAAGCUCUUAUUGAAAUAGAUGGUCAACUAUUUUAUCGAACAGGUGAUCUUGUCCGAAUCGAUAACAAUUGCCUUCUUCAUUAUCAAGGAAGAAAAGAUCAUCAAAUCAAAUUACGUGGACAACGAAUUGAACUUGGUGAAAUCGAACGAUGUCUACUUAACAUUACAUCUAUUUCUGCUUGUGUUGUCAUGAAGUGGAAUGAUGAUUAUUUAGUUGCAUAUGUUCAAAGUUCCGAUUUUAAUGAAGAAGAACUACGUCAACAUUGUCAAUCUCAUCUUCCAUCACAUAUGAUUCCAUCUUACUUUAUUAUACUUGAGAAAUUACCUUUGAAUCCAAAUGGGAAAAUAGAUCGAAAACAACUUCCAUCACCCAAUUUUUCUUUAUUAACUUUCUCAUCAUCCGAUAAAUCUGAUACUACUUUUAAUCAGUUUGAAGAUCGUAUACAUACUAUCUGGUGUCAAGUUCUUCAUUGUAAUGAAAAUCACAUUUCUGGAACUGCCAGUUUUUUUAGUGCUGGUGGUCAUUCACUUCGAUUCAUUGAGCUUUAUUAUCGUUACCAGUCAUUAUUUAACUUUGAUACUCAGUCACUCUCGAUUGGCCUCUUUCUUCUGCAACCAACUAUUCGACAACAUGCACAAUUACUUCAAACAAUUCCAUUCAAUGAUACGCAGACAACGCAAUCGCACACACUACAUAUCAAUCAAGCAUCCGUUUGUUGUGAUCAAUGA